CAACACUCACCAAGAGAUGAUAAAAUGGAGGGAGAACUUCGAAAGAAACGUUGCCGGGUUUUCUCAAAGAAAAUAAUGGAAUUAAGGAAGGAUUUGAAGUGGUUGAUCAUGAUGUUAGAUCAGAAGUUGUGAUACAAAAGUUAUAAUAAAAUGUGGCGCCAUUGAUCAUUGCAUAUUUUAUCUUUGCUUAGGAGUUUAAUUAAUGUCCUCUCACUGCUCGUGUAUCUUUUUAUAAUUUAGUUGUAGAACUGAAACUGAAACACAAUGUCGUUCCAAAAAUGGAGGAAGAAAAAAGAAAAAGCUAUCAAUGAAGGAAAUUUAGAUGAACUAUUUUUAGCAUGUUCAGAAUUAGCAGAGCUGUACACAAGUAAAGAAGAAUUUGAGAAUGCCCUCGAAGAAUACAAGGAAGCAAAAAGAGCAGCCGAAGCGGCAAACAACACUAUCAACGUGGCAGUUGCCCACAGGAUGAUCGGUGAAGUGUAUAGCAGCAUGCAGAAGUAUGAUUUGGCCGUAAAACACGAGUUGAAGUAUUUAGAAUUGGCCAGGUCGAAGAAUGACUCGGUGGAGGAGCAGAGAGCCCUCGCAAACCUCGGCCACAUGUACCUGAUAAAAGCUGAUACGUUUGCUAAUCCUGAUUCUGCCGAGAGGCAAGAUACGCUCGGAAAAGCCAAGAAAUAUUGUCUGCAGAGUCUCCAGGUUUGUGAGAAGCUGAGUAAUGUGAAUAAGAAGGAGCUGGUUGAAAUGCAAGCUCGGUUGUACCUCAACCUCGGUUUGAUCGCGGAGCAACAGGGUGAUGCCGACGCUGGUGUCAGCUACCUCAACAGGGCAAUCAAUCUAUGCAAGAGUAUGGACAUCUGGGAGAUCCUGUAUCGUUCUUACAACUCGCUAGCCUGCCUCUUCCAGCACCAGUCUAACCAUGCUCGAGCCCUGGAGAACUUCGACAAGGCCAUGAAUGCCGCACAACGGCUGCAAGACAAGAACCAACACAUCUGCGAUUUGUUACUGCUGAAAGCUGAUGUGCUUUUUAAUUUGCCAGAUUUUCGAGGUGCUAAGCAGUGCCUCUUAAAAGCGUACAAGUUAAACACUGCAAACCGCAGAGAAGUUGAAAAGAAAUUAAGAACUGUGGCAGCAGUGAAUCGAUUCGAGGAGCAACUUCUCAACACUCCAGACUUUGAUUUGGCCACCAAAAAGUCUCUAUAUGAGUCGCUUGGAGAUGGCUGUGCCGGCAUGAAAAGUUAUUCUAAAGCCCUCGAGUACUAUUACCUCAUGUUAGAGACUGCAAAGAAUAUGGGAGAGACGGGAGAUCAGUUGAGACCUUGUUACGUUUCCUUGUCCCAGACUUACAAGGACAACAAGCAGUACAGUCUGGCUAUCAAGUAUUUCAACGAAGAGCUCAAGUUGAAUAGCAACAAUCCAGUUGAAGCAUGCAAGACGACUCUGAACAUAGCGGAAGUGUUGGAGAUCAAGGAGGCGGAUGUGGAAGAGAUACUGGAGGCGUACCGACAGGCCCUCAGCCUGGCUCAGACCGCCAAGGAUCACAGACUGGAGGCCAGAGCUCUGUCCUCCUUGGUGCAGGUGCUUCGAGACAACAAUCGGCUCUCUGACUCCAGAAAAUUGGAAGUUGAGUUGGAGAACCUGAGAGAAAAGUUUGGCCCUCUUUCGUCAGACUCUGAGGGUGAUGAAGAGGACGAGAAUACUCCAGAUAUUGGUGCUGAUAUUUGUAUUGAAGAACUGUCAGAUGUUGAAUUGGAAGAGGGAAAUGAAAAUGCAGUGAGGACUCGCAAGAAGUGCCCCACAACAAAGUUCAGGCGUAAUGAAAAAGGGGAAUUUCCACUCCACACAGCAUGUAUCAGUGGAAAUUUGGCGCUUGUCAGAAAACUUCUGGAGCAGGGUCACCCGGUGAAUGUUCGGGACCACAACGGGUGGCUGCCGCUGCACGAAGCCUGCAACUUCGGCUAUCUGGAGAUUGUGGAGGAGCUACUGAAUAAAGGGGCUGCCAUCAAUGACAAGGGAACGGAUGGGUGUGACGGCAUGACGCCCCUGCUGGACGCUGCUUCCUGCGGCAACCUCAGUGUCAUGAACCUGCUCCUGCAACGUGGUGCUUCUCCAGUCAUGAGGACCAAUAGGGGAGAGACAGUUUUGGACUGUCUGGUCGCCUGGCGGAAACGUUACAUCAGGGACGAGAAGAGAGACUUGGAUCCGGACACCCUCAAUCAGUACAAUGAUCUGGUCAAGACGUUAGGAGCGGCUCUCAAAAAAGCCGGCCAUAAACCAGAAUCUGACAAGAGAUCUCCUUCUCCUCCUUUAUAUUCUGCCAGCCAACCAAAAUCUGCAAGGAGAUCAACAGGAAGUGACUUUAGAGACAAAAUCGCUCGAAGAUCAGGUCCCUCAAGUUCUUCAUUGGGGAAUUUUGAUGAUCAGGAUUUACGCCAGAGGAAGAGUCACACCAACCAGGACCUAGUGUCCAGACCUUCGAGUAGUUCCUUGCGAAGGAGUAUAGAUGAUGUUACACUCGUUCAAGACAGAAACGCAGCCAGAGAGUAUGAGGAUGCGAUGAAGGCUCUACGACGUAAGCCUGUGCUUCAACCAUCGUCAAGCUCACCUACGGAGAGUAAAAGUGCGUUGUUGGACGAGAAUGAGUUGGUGGACGAUUGGCUGAUUGAUGAUUUGGCUGUGAAUGCCAACCGAGGGGUGAAGCGACGGAGGAUGCACGAGUUCGACGGGGAGCCACAGAGACGACCGAACCGCCUGGCAGUGACCGAUCACGGCGGUGGUAGGACCAUGGAAACUGAGCGAAGAAACAAUUUCCGUCCAGUCAGUCCCGUCAACAUGGAGUCUGAUUCAAAUGAUUCGGAACGUAAUCAGCAAAUGGAGGAUGUAAAUGAUAACGAGAACUUGGCUGAACUAUCAGAACUACUUUCAUCUGAUGAACCAACCUCACAACAUCGUAGUCAGCCACUCGAGAGCACUCCAGUCUCUCGACACGGGAGUUCCUACCAAGUGCCUUUGUCCGUUUUCGGAGUGGUCCGAAAUCCUGUACCUCGACAGCCUGAACCGGAGAUGACUGUCGGUAAUACACUGCCAACAAGUCAACCUGCUGCAGUUAGUCAAAUCAUACAUCAGCCUCCUCCUCAGGUCUCUCAGAUGGCUCCACCUUCAAUAAAAGUCCGAGUGGAAGGAAAACUCCUGUUGGUUCCGUUGCCGAUAACCUCUGCUGAGCCUCUCACCAUAGCAUGGCUUGCUGAGGAAGCGGCAAAGCGGUAUUACAGCUUUGAAGGCAUGGAGCCCAGAUUGAGUCUGACAACAGAGGACGGUGCCAUGUUGGCUCCCCAAGACCCGGUUACUCUGCUGCUCUCUUACCGGGAAGUGAAUGGAGUUGUCAUGUCCUGGAAAAUGCAUCCCAUCACAGAACGCUACCGGGAGGCCUGCUUGGAGCUGGGAACAGAUGUGGAUGAGUACCUGGAGAGGAGUCUGGACAUCAGCCAGGCAUCGUUUUCUCUGAACCUGAAAGGCUGUUCGCUGGAUGCUCCGAUGUUGGACCCUGUGUUUCCGAGCCUCACUGCACCAGACUUCGCUCCAACACUUGAUACUGAGUGACAACAGGGUCGGGGACAGCGGUAUGCAGCUGUUGGCAAAACUGGUUACCAAACUUCCACACCUGAGAGAGCUCGACUUGACUUGUAACGGUAUCACCUAUGAGGGUCUCAACAUCUUUGUACAUCACGUAGUGGAGCAUCAAGCUUGUAAGAGGUUGGAGAUACUGAAGAUGAGCCACAACAAGCCCGG